AUGAGUGAUAUUACCGUACAAAUUACAUCUUCUUUGACCAAUUCUGAGAGAAGGGUUUCUCCAAAUUGGACGCUGAAAUAUUUCAAACAAAGACUAGAGACAAUAACAGGUAUCCCACCAGCUGAUCAACAACUACUGUUAUUCACCAACUCGUUUUCCACUGAGGCCAAGGACUUAAAAGCAUCAUCGCCACAAGGUGAAGAAUCUAUAAUCCUUUCACAAUUCAAUAUCUCAUCAUCUGCUAGAAUUCAAGUAAAUGAUACAAGACCAGAAUCGGAUUUGAAAGACUUGGAGAAUGAUGAAGGUCAAUUUUUCGAGCUUAAAGAUGAAGAUUAUGAAAAAAGAUCAGACUCUAUUAGAAAAUGGAAGCAAGAAAACAAAUUAGGUAGAUUUGAUCCAAGUUUUACAGCCAAAAAGAAAGAGCUAAAGAAACUUAAUGAAUCUAAAGCUGCUGAAUUAUCUGUGGGUUCCAGAUUUCGUACUGUGAAUGAUAAAGAUGGGGAGAGAAGAGGAACUAUAAGGUAUGUUGGUAAAGUACCGGAGAUUGAUGGUGAAUCAAUCUGGGCUGGUGUUGAGUUUGAUGAGCCUGUUGGAAAGAAUAAUGGAUCUCUAAAGGGAGUUCCAUAUUUCAAAGCUAAACCAAACUACGGUGGCUUUUUGAAACCAGCUCAAAUCGAACAAGGAGAUUUCCCAGAGGAAUCAUUAUUUAGCGAUGACGAUGAUGAUGAAAUAUAA